AUGACCUUGAGAUAUGCUGGUGGACCACUAGAACCAUUUGGACAUGAGAUCGAACGAUCAUUCAAACAAAGGCGACGUAACCAGCGAGCCAGAGAAUAUAUGAAUCGACUGCAGUAUCAAGGCGACAACAAUAUGGGAGAUCAAGCAGAUCCUGACGUUAUGGAAAAUAAUCUUCCUAGAGAAGAGGCAAGACCACGACGUUCUAAUAAGAUGGGAGACGUCAAGGCAACUAGUGCAAAUGAUAAGUUUGGGGGGAAGCAACCAGAAAAUUCUAUCCAAGACACUACACAACAUGGGGAUAAAGCUCAAAUUGUUGAACUAAAGGGAUUGCCUGAGGAGAAGGAAAAGGAUGAAGUUUCAGAAAGUCGUCAAAAAUACAACGAGGAGAUUCAGUUCAAGAAAUUUGUUGAUGUCCUAGACCAGUUGUAUAUUAAUGUCCCAUUACUUGAAGCCAUCGAGCAGAUGUGUUCCUAUGCUAAAUUCCUAAAGGACAUUGUCACGAAGAAGAGGAAGGUAGAAAAAAUUGAAAAUGUUACCACGAUGAAAGAAUUAUGCUCUGCAUUAAGCAAACUUCCACCAAAGCAAAAAGAUCCUGACAUCAUCGUGAUAUCAUGUUCUAUCGCUGAUAAAUUUAUGGGGCGAGCUGUUGUCGAUUUAGGGUCAAACAUAAAUUUGAUGCCCAAGUCUAUAUUUUUAAAACUAGAAAUGUGUAACGCUUGCCCAACCACCAUUAUCUUACAGUUAGAUGUUUGGUCUUAUGUUCGUCCUAAGGGAAGAAUUGAAGAUGUCAUUGUAAAAAUGGAAAGGUUUGUGUUUCCAGUUGACUUCCUCAUAUUAGACUGUGAGGCUGAUGAAAACGCACCCAUCAUUCUUGGGUGGGCCUUCUUAGCCACUGGACGAAUCUUAAUAGAUUCCAAGAAGGGAGAAUUCACGAUGAGGGUGGGAUAUCAAUGCGUCACAAUCAAUGUCUUCAACUCUAUGAAGCAUGUUGAUGAUUAA